GUAGGCUUCCUGAAAAUGAUAAUAUGGCGAAUGUAUCCACACAAAAAACCUAUUUUGCUAUUGGCGAAACAGUUCGCACAUUUUGGUGUGAUGAUGGAUAUUUUCAAUCAUCUGACCAAGGAAUGACAUGCCGUAGUGAUGGAUCAUGGUCAGAUAUAAUAACAUGUGAAAAAGGUAAAUGGUACAUGAUCAGUACGAAAACAGGAAAACGUCCCGGUGCCAGUACAGAUGCCAAUGUUUACAUUACUCUUUUCGGCUCUAAAGGAAGAACAAGAAGAAUAUACUUUAAGGGGAAUUUUGAACCUGAUGAUGUCGACGAGAUCAGAACAUUUGCAAGAGAUGUAAGACCGAUACAAAUAGUGCAGAUCGGACAUGAUGGUGGAGGCUGGCAUAAUAUUUUAUCUGCUUGGGACCUGGAAUAUGUAUCAAUUUAUGUUGAAAAUAUGGAGGAAUUUUAUGUUUUUAGAAAUAUUAAACAACAAUGGGUAACAGAAGGAAAUGAUCUGACCUUGGACAGGGAAGGAAAUCAGUCAUGCAUCAACACAUUCGGCGAGAAAUAUAUGUGGUAUCCUACAUGGAAGAAAAUCAACAGUUUUUUCCUUGGCAAAAGGUCAGGGAUGAGUAGUAGAGCGUGUAAACAAGCUUGCAUAAACUGGAGAAAGAACGUGUGUAGCGGAGUCUUUCGUCAAACAGAGUUUCGUAGUUGUCACGGUUUCUCUGAAACGCGUGAUGAAUACUUUACCGUGAAAAAUGAACCUUGGACAGGAGAACUGUUUUUCAGAACAUGUAAGAAGUUCACCUGAAGGGAUUAUACUAUAAAAUUGUCGUCCCGUCUUAUUGUUGAUAGGUCAUUUUUCAAAUUAUGAUUACAUAUAGAAGAAAAUUGUUGAUUAUAGUGUAUUUACUUUUCAGUUUAAAAGAAAAACUAUAAUUUAUUCUUAGCAAAAACUGAAACUGUUUCUAAAAGUUCUUGUCACCUAUAUUAUUUAACCUCCUUUUCACGAAACAUCUAAUGGAAUCUAUACAAGUAAUCAGUUUAAAAUCAUUUGGUGAAAAUUAAAAUAUUUUUUCUUAUCACAACAUACUUAAAGUAGACAAAAGGAAAAGUGAAUUUAAUAAACAUGUAAUUAAUAAUCAGUUAUACUAUCAGAGAAACUAUGCACAGUUUUGAUUCAGCACUGAGAAAUUUUCUUUGACAAAGAACAAAAAUACUUUUUAUAUACUGAAAAAUUACGUUGCUGUGUUUUUUACUAUUUUUUUGGUAUACAUAAUUGUUUUUCCAAGGAUGGUAUAAAAUUAGUCAAUAGA